GCUUGUGGGAUUAUAGUGGAACUAAUCAAAAGCAAGAAAAUGGCUGGCAGAGCUGUGCUGUUGGCCGGGCCUCCUGGAACUGGCAAGACUGCUCUGGCUUUAGCUAUUGCUCAGGAGCUGGGAAGUAAAGUCCCCUUUUGCCCUAUGGUGGGGAGUGAGGUCUAUUCCACCGAGAUCAAGAAGACAGAAGUUCUAAUGGAAAACUUCCGACGUGCAAUUGGGCUGAGGAUUAAAGAGACCAAGGAGGUUUAUGAAGGAGAAGUCACAGAACUAACUCCAUGUGAGACUGAAAAUCCUAUGGGAGGAUAUGGCAAAACCAUCAGCCACGUAAUUAUAGGACUCAAAACUGCAAAGGGAACCAAACAGUUGAAGCUGGACCCAAGCAUAUUUGAAAGCUUGCAGAAGGAGCGAGUGGAAACGGGUGAUGUUAUUUACAUUGAAGCAAACAGUGGAGCCGUCAAGAGGCAAGGCAGGUGUGAUAUCUAUGCUACGGAAUUUGACCUUGAAGCUGAAGAGUAUGUUCCCUUGCCAAAGGGUGAUGUGCACAAGAAAAAGGAAAUUAUUCAGGAUGUCACUCUGCAUGACUUGGAUGUGGCCAAUGCUCGACCUCAGGGUGGUCAAGACAUCCUUUCUAUGAUGGGACAAUUGAUGAAGCCUAAGAAAACUGAAAUUACUGACAAACUUCGAGGAGAGAUCAAUAAGGUGGUAAAUAAAUACAUUGAUCAAGGCAUUGCAGAGCUAGUCCCAGGUGUGCUUUUUAUAGAUGAAGUUCACAUGCUGGAUAUUGAGUGUUUCACAUACUUGCACCGAGCACUGGAAUCUUCUAUUUCACCUAUUGUCAUCUUUGCUUCCAAUCGAGGAAACUGCAUUAUCAGAGGCACAGAGGAUAUAGUGUCUCCUCAUGGACUACCACGGGAUCUGCUGGACAGAGUGAUGAUUAUCCGAACCAUGCUGUAUACACCCCAAGAAAUGAAGCAGAUCAUAAAACUUCGUGCUCAGACAGAAGGAAUUAAUAUUAGCGAAGAAUCUCUAAACCAUUUAGGGGAAAUUGGUACCAAGACAACCUUAAGGUAUGCUGUGCAGUUACUGACCCCAGCUAACGUGCUUGCCAAGACUAAUGGGAAAGACAGCAUUGAGAAAGAGCAUAUUGAAGAAAUAAAUGAACUUUUCUAUGAUGCCAAAUCCUCAGCAAAAAUCUUGGCUGAUCAACAGGAGAAGUACAUGAAAUGAAGAGUUUAUCAUGUUAGAUGCUUUGAAGUAGCUUUAACCAUUAUACCCAGGUCUGGCUUAGUUACUGUUACAUGUUAAUGGUUUGUCUCUUUUGGGACAGAAAAAAUACUGAAAUGUUGGACUGCUUUCUCAGGGCCUAUUAGCCAGCAUUCCUAUCUCGUUAUCACCAAUAAGAUGCUCUGUGGUGUCUGUGUAACAUCUUAGUCUUCCUUUUACGAGCAUAUAUAUGGAAUGAAUAGCACUUGGCCCACCAGUUUUCUCUUUGGAUUUCAUUACAGAAGAGCUGCAACUGAAGCUGAUGCUUAAGAGCAGACUAUGUUCUUUAUGAAUGUUGUUUAAAAUAGUUUCCUUUUACAGUUGAGAACAUUUGUUUUUGAAUCAAAGUUUGUCUGAAGUGUUCUAUAAUAAAACAUUUCAAGAAUAUUGGAA